GACACACAUUAAUCAGAGACAAGUCUUCUGUAAUCCGAAAUUGGUAGUUGGAAAGAAAGCAACAAAACGGGUAAAGGUUUUUACCCAUAUAUAUAUUUUUAGCAGACAAAAAAUGACGUUAUUUCCCAUCAUGCUUUGUUCUGCCUCKMCAAGGCGGAAUAUGCGUAAUGAACGGGUCGUGUUCACUUCAUUAAACACUUGGUAUGAUAAAAGAUGGGUUCUUACGGUGGCCAUGUUCUACCRGGAUCUUUCUUUCUAUCCUUUGGUAUUUGGCAUUUCCUAAACACAUUGAGAAUCAACAAUACGUCAAGUCAAGCUAGUUAUCAUUCAACGACUUGGUUUCCGGUCCCUUUUAGAUGUCUUCGUCAAAUUCCAGUGGAGCCAAUGAUCAAGAUAAUUGCUACUUUAGCAGGAUUCUUUCUAGAAAUGAAGGCCGGUAACUGGAGGAUUACAAAUCAACAAGGAAACUUCACGUCAAUCAACAAUCAAGCUCAUUGUGUAAUGUAUGCAGUAUUCAUGAUCUGGUCUACUGUUGAAGUUCUCGUAUUUUAUAAAGUUCUUAAACUACCAAGUUACUCUGAACAUGUGUUUGCAUCAAUUGCUUUCGCUGUUGAAGGGAUUCUUUUUCUGUUCCACGUUGACGRAAGACCAAGAUUAGAUCAGAAGCUUCAUGCAUUGCUGUAUAUGGUCGUUCUUGUCACUGCUGUAGUUAUCUUGCUUGAAGCAUGGGCAAAAACCAGCCUGGUGCUUUUAUUAAUCAGAGUGUUCCUUAUUCAACUACAAGGAACAUGGUUUAUUCAAAUUGCACAUUGUUUGUACGGCCAUCAACCAUGGAAAAACGACUCGUCGAAUCGAGAGUUUGUUGCUAUUGUCUUCUCAUGGCAUGUCUUAGCAAUACUAMUAUCGAUGGUCGCUAGCAGUACUUUAGUGUCGCUCACAUGCAAAACUUUUAGCAGCCGUCAUAGAAACAUACAAAAUCUCCCACUAGGGGUUGUGGGUGAAGACAGAGAKGAUACCUUAGAAAYGGCUAACCUACUGGAAGAACAAUAACAAUGCCUCACUAUGCAAUAUUUGCGAAU